AUGGCUGGAAAGAAAAUUGAUAUCAACACAGCAACAGUCAGCGACCUUGAAAAUCUUGCUGGUGUUGGGCAGCACAGAGCUGAAGCCAUUGUCAAACACAGGAAGGAAAGUGGGGGGUUCACCAGCGUAAUUGACCUCUCACAAGUUCCCGGCAUCAGUCCUGCCCUUAUUGAACAAAACAGGGGACGGAUUGUUUGCCGUCCCAGGAGUUCACAAGCUAAACAGAAAAAUGGUCCAAGAGCUCAGAGAAGAGCCACUCGACAACAUUGCCAGGAUAGUGUAGACACUGCCUCGUCAGAGCUGUCAGGGAGCGGCACAGAGUGUGCAAACAGUCAUAGUUCUCCAACAAGGUGCCACUUCACCCGCUCCCAGAGUGCAGCACUUCGGUUGUGCCAAGGAUGUUCAUCAGAAACCCCUCCAGCAGACAGUGCAUCGACAAGUUUUAUAGUAACUAGAAGUGGGGCGAACUCCGGCCGUGUUUCCAACGGGAGCAGGAUCCAGGCCGAGGAGUCCUGCAACGAUGGCAGUGAAGAGUUAGACGAACGGAGUGCUGGUUCCUGUGCACACAGCACCAACAAUGACAGCAGUGCUGUUCACAACAAUUCAGUUUUUGGUGACGAUGAUAUGUUGGCUGGUGGUGAUGACGGAAGCAUUUCAGAUAGGGAGAGCAGCCACGAUGAGGAGGAGAGUCUGUUGAGUCAGCCUGAUGAGAGUUUAGAUGAGGACUGUGAUAACAACGACGAUGGUGAUUAUGAUGAAGAGGAGAAUGAGGAUGAGCUUAGCAGUAGAGGAGACUGGAGACAAUCAGAUACUGUGAGAACGACACGAUCAGGGUUUGGUUCACAUAAAGAUGAGGAGAAUGAAGGACCUCCUUUGCCCAGGCUUUUGCAUUUAAAAAGACGAACUGCCAGUACACGUGAUGAUAGAGAUGAAGAGCGGGAUACUGACAUGUCGCCAGGGAAGAAGCUGAGAAUGUCACUCAUCAGCUGUCAUGUAUGUGGACAGAGUCUUGCAAAAGUUCCACGUUGGAGACUUGCCCAGAUGCCUCGUGGAAAGAUUCCCUCAAAAGAGAACCCACCUCCUAAGAUGGAUGAUUGGCUUAAAACUUUCCAGGGAUGGGGUAAUGCUGAGAGGAUGAUGGCAGUUGAUGAACUGAUCAAUCUCUGUGACCCCACGCAAGUCAGGCACAUGAUGCAGGUCAUAGAACCACAGUUCCAACGAGACUUCAUCUCCCUUUUGCCAAAAGAGUUGGCUUUAUAUGUUUUGUCAUUCCUGGAACCAAGAGACCUUCUUAGGGCAGCUCAGACUUGUCGAUACUGGCGAGUUCUUGCAGAAGAUAAUUUACUGUGGCGAGAGAAGUGUCGGGAGGAAGGCGUGGAUGAGGAAAUGGUGUACGGGUCACGUAUGCGUCGCCGGCACUCUGCACGUAGCCCUUACAAGUCUCUCUUCAUGCGUCAGUCACAGAUAGAGUAUAACUGGAGGACUGGUGUUAAUCGUCCUCCUAAGUGUCUAAAAGGGCAUGAUGAUCAUGUCAUUACCUGUCUGGAGUUUUGUGGGAACAGAGUAGUCAGUGGUUCCGAUGAUAACACUCUCAAAGUGUGGUCUGUAACAUCUGGCAAGUGUCUGCGAACCUUGAUUGGCCAUACUGGAGGUGUGUGGUCAUCACAAAUGUCAGGUACAGUGGUUAUUAGUGGUUCAACUGACCGGACACUGAAAGUUUGGAAUGCUGAAACUGGUCAGUGCAGGCACACCUUAUAUGGUCACUCUUCCACUGUCAGGUGCAUGUCCUUACAUGGCAACGAAGUUGUAAGUGGUUCCAGGGAUGCUACUCUGCGAGUUUGGGACAUAGAAACGGGUGCAUGUAAGCAUAUUCUUAUGGGGCAUGUGGCUGCUGUGAGGUGUGUACAGUUUGAUGGCAGGCGUGUUGUCAGUGGAGCUUACGACUACACAGUGCGGGUAUGGGACCCAGAAACUGAGGCAUGCUUGCACACUCUACAAGGGCAUUCCAACAGAGUUUAUUCCUUACAGUUUGAUGGUGUCCAUGUGGUCAGUGGUUCCCUUGACACAUCCAUUCGUGUCUGGGAUGUGGAGUCUGGCAACUGCCUCCAAACACUCAUCGGUCACCAGUCCUUGACCAGUGGUCUGGAGCUGAAAAAUAACAUCCUGGUGUCUGGUAAUGCUGACUCGACAGUGAAAGUUUGGGACAUCACAACUGGGCAGUGUCUGCAGACAUUACAAGGACCAAAUAAACAUCAGAGUGCUGUCACCUGCUUGCAGUUCAGCAAGAAGUUUGUGAUUACUUCCUCGGAUGAUGGCACUGUGAAAAUCUGGGACCUCAAGACUGGGGAGUUUCUACGAAACCUAGUGACACUGGAAAGUGGUGGCAGCGGCGGGGUAGUUUGGCGUCUGCGCUGUUCAAAUACCAGGCUAGUGUGUGCAGUCGGAAGCCGAAACGGAACAGAAGAGACCAAACUGAUGGUGCUAGAUUUCGAUGUGGAAGACAAGGAUAGGAAAAACUACUCUGAACAGCAGCUGGAGAGGAGACAUUCUUCAGGAUUGUGA